AUGAGUGCCGGCACAUUCAACGCUCUGCCAUCAAACCUCAUCCUACGCAUCUUCAAAGACCUUCGCGACUGGGAGGAGUGGCUGCCAGAGCGCGAUGUUCUGGAGUCUGGAAAGAUCCUAUAUCGUUCGGGGUGGAUGAUGGUGACACAUGUGUGUCGGAGGUGGAGAGAGAUCGCGCUGAACGACCCUUCGCUUUGGGCGGAGUCUACGAUUGACGUCCUUAGUAUUCAUCCCAACUACAUUCCUGUCAUCCUUGAGCGCUCUUCUCCUCUUCCUCUGUCUAUUCAAAUUGAAUACGAGGACUCGUUUGAUGACAUUGCUGAGGAUCCCGGUCUGCACGCGUGGCUCUCCCCCGAAGGGCUGCGACGCGUCGAGAGCUUCUCCGUAGAGGGCGAACUUGGUCUACUUGACUUCACACUGCCCCGUCUCCCAGACGACCUGAUCCAUCUCAAGAAACUCUUCUUAUCCGUCAAUGACAUCGAAGAUCCGAUCAUCCUACCCCCGUUCCUCGCAAACCUCUCCCACAUCGAGAUGCUCUGGCUAGAAUCCUGCGCUCUCCCCUGGACCUCCCCAAUCUACUCUCCGAAUCUCACGUACCUCCACUUCCGCGGCACCGGCCACGACCCCCCAAAAUCCUACACCGAGUUUAACGACCUCAUCGCGCGUCUACCGCGCCUCGACACGCUGCAUCUCAUAAACUUCGUACCGGUCCAAUCGCACAGUGACACCGCGCCACAUGAAGGUGUUCUCGCUCUUCCGUCAUGUUUUCGCUGGUUGGAGUUCAUCGUGACUAAGAAACACAUGCUCAGCGAUGGACUCGUUUUUCUAUCUGAUCUUCAUGCCCCUCCUACGUAUACGCGCCAGAUCCAGAUCCUCAAUAUCCCAGACGCACUAUCGAGCACAGCGUCAUUCGAUACCGCCGUUCGGACAAUGCUGCGCCGGUUAUUCGUCACAGACCACCCUAGCCUCGUACCACGAGCUCUCGACAUCCGCGGCGACCUCAUAUCCGUCCAAUCCGGCGAUAUAGAGGCGCAAGACGCUAUGUACAGGCAGAUCUACGAGAUCCCCGCGACCAGAGAGUCGCCGCAGAGUGUGAUCAGCCUACGACCCGAUCACGACGAUUCUGCCGCUCUUCAAUGCAAGAUGCUCGCUUGUCUCCCCCAAACCGCUCUAGAGAGUUUGCGCCGGAUCUCGUUCGCCGCUUCCGCGAUCCGCGCCAUCGACACGCUCGGGCUUUGGACGCAUUUACGCGCCGCCGUCAACGUGCGGCAUGUUGAUAUCGGCUUAGACCCGUUCGAGUUUGCAUCUUCAGAUUGCGCACCGCUGUUACAGCGGUUUGAACAAAGAUUGGCAGUACCGCUAGAGAGAAACAUUUUGAGAAGUGAAAAAUGGAGAUAG